AUACUCAUCGCAACCUUCGUUUCCAUCAUCAACCUCAAUAUCAACGUUGCCGUGCUCUUGAACCUCAUCGUCGACGUCAUACUUUCCUUCUACAUCAUUGCAUGGUCUUUUACUCUGAUUAUGGGCUACAUAUUCAUCGACAUGUGCAGGAUGGAAGUAGGAUAUCCGAGGCCUCCAGAUCUAGAUAGAGGAACGCCUCCUCCAGGUUGUCGUGGCUGGAUGGUAGCGACCUGGGUUCUACUUAGUAUUGCUUACGGGCUGGGGCUCAUCAUUGGCCUCCUUCAUCUAGUGUUGGUGGUCCUUCGGACCAUUGCCCUUUUCCGAACCGAGUUCUGGAGUCUUUCAGCAGGGCAAGUAACUUUUCAAGUUACAUUCAAGGUUAUAACAGGAGAGAAUAGUGAUGGCGCUGUGAGAAGAGGUGCAGAUGUGGAUGGCCCACCAGCGUCUCCUCCUGGAGUACAAGGCCCAGUCGCUGAGGCUUGAAUAGUUGAACUUCGUAUGGCGGCAUGGGACAGGAAAUAUUCAGCGGGACAUUCAGUUUUCAAGGCCCAAUGUAGAAAGCUUUACCUAAUGCCAGACAUUUCCAAUCACCUAGCUUCAAUUCUUGAAGCCACAAAGCCCAUUGGGAAUGCUAAGCGGAGUGGCGCGAGCACGUGUUGUCAAUGCUUCAUUAUAGCCUCAAGACAAGCCUACAAAUUUACCCUCACCACACACGAACUUUAUUUC